AUGCUCUCUGUCCAUGGACAUUCCACCAUAACGCUUGGUCCUGAAGGCCAGCACAACCCGGACUGGAGAAUCAACCUGAGAAGCUUUCGAGACCCGAGAAAGCGAAUGUUCCGCGCAAGGCCUUCUGGAAUACGGCCUGCACUUAGAACUACAAGUCCCGACAGGCACCGCGCCGCAGCCGUCUCCGCCUACCAGGAGAGGAACUACAACUCCCGACAGGCACCGCGCCGCCGCCGCGGCGAAUAUCUUGCAGAGCGCCAGCAAUCUGACUCCGGCGAAUCUGCGACUGUGCGACUGUGCGAAUUCGCCGGGCGGGCGCCCACGUGGGGCGCGCGGCCUUUGCGGGGCCCGGAAGGAAGCGGAGCGCUGGCCGGCGGAGCCGCGGUCAUGGCUGCCGGGGGCCCGGGGCCCGCGCGCUCGGGCCCGGAGGCUGCGCCUUCGCCUUCGGCCGAAGCACCGCUGCAGUACAGCCUGCUUUUGCAGCACCUGGUGGGCGACCUGCGCCAGCCCCGGCUGCUGGAGCCCGGCCGCCUGGGCGGCAUCCCCAGCCCGGCCAAGAGCGAGGAGCAGAAGCUGGUGGAGAGGGCGAUGGAGAGCUGCGCCUUCAAGGCCGCGCUGGCCUGCGUGGGAGGAUUCGUCUUGGGAGGUGCUUUUGGGGUGUUCACUGCUGGCAUUGAUACCAAUGUGGGCUUUGACCCCAAGGAUCCUUAUCGGACGCCAACAGCAAAAGAAGUUCUGAAAGACAUGGGGCAGAGAGGCAUGUCCUAUGCCAAGAAUUUCGCCAUUGUUGGUGCCAUGUUCUCUUGCACCGAAUGUUUAGUGGAAUCUUAUCGGGGGAAAUCGGAUUGGAAGAACAGUGUCAUCGGUGGCUGCAUUACUGGUGGGACUAUUGGUUUUAGAGCUGGUCUCAAGGCAGGAGUCAUUGGUUGUGGUGGUUUUGCUGCUUUCUCUGCUGCCAUCGAUUAUUAUCUCCGAUGAGAGUCAUCAUCACCUGGAAGACCCCCAGACAGGGUCGGACAGAUUCUGCACCACUCCGGCCCCUCUCUGGGGUCUAAGGACAUUUGUUUUCCUUCUGAUGUUGGUGAAAUGAAGGAUCCCCAGAGUAGCCCCUUUCUCUACUGCCCUGGAUGCACCCCAGGGGUGGAUGCUGUGCCCUAUUCUCCCCUUGGGGCAGGUCUGGAGAUACCUUCUGAGUUACUUGUAUGGCUACAAAGUUGGCCAUUUGUUGAUUCAGUGUCCUGGGAACAGCUGAUGUGACAUGCACCCAAGAAUCAUACACCUGGCAGCUUUGUAGCAGCUUUCCUGUGUGUUAGGGCAGGUAAAGUAAACAGUACCAUCAGUCAGAAUGAAAAUA